UCUUUUCCACGUGCAUUUGAGCGUACCGAAACACGCGUUAUUCAGAAUUUCCCGGUUAUAAUAGUGAAAUAAACCAAAAAAAAUGGCACAAAAGAAACUUAGUACCAAGAAAGCUGCUGUCAAUAACAAGCGUGGGCCAAAAUCAAAGAAGGUUGAGGAAGAGAAGCCCGAAGUGGAAGUAGAGGCCAACGAAGAAGACUCUGAUGCCGAAGAGGAGCAGAAUGGAGUAAACUCUGACGAUGACAGCGAUGCUGAGGCUAAUGAAGCAGCAGAUUUGGUAGACUCUGAGGCUGAGGAAGCAGAAGAUGAUGAUGAUGAUGAUGAAGAUGAAGGUGAGGAUGACGAGGAUGAGGACCAGGACCAGGAAGAUGAGGAUGAAGACGAGAAUGAAGUCGAGCCAGGCGAAAUAUCAAAGGUCUCGAAAUCAGCCGCCGAAUCUGAUGAUGAUAACAACGUUCAGGAAUCCGAUUCUGACGAUGAGCCCGACGAAGAGCCAAUUAACAGCGAUAAGAAAAAAGCAAUUGGAUCCAAGAAAACUGGAAUCCCAAAAAUUACCGUCGGUCGCAUUCCACCCGGAACACCCACUGAACAAAUUCUCUUUGUUCGCGGACUCCCAACUGGAUACAAGCACAUUGACUUUAUCGAACUGUUUGCCAAAUUCGGUCCGAUUGCUGUUAUUAAUAGGAUCAAGACAAAAGCUGGCGGCAACAACGUCGCCAUUGCUUUUGAGUCUGCCGAAUCUGUUCAGGCCGCUCUUGCUGCCAAGGAGAAGGCAUUGACGCUCAAUGGCCAAGUCUUGACUGUGUCUCAAGCGUUGAAAAAGAGCGAGCUCAACGAGCGCACGGUUGUCGUAGGAUUGAUUGGGACUAAUACCACGAGGGAACAACUUAUUGAACACUUCCAGGGCUGCGGCGAAAUUGAAACUGUUAACUUCUCCCAUAAUCGCGCUAUGCCCACCGCAUAUGUGCGUUUCGCAUCGGUCAGCUCCAUGCCGAAAGCCCUGAAACUUCAGGGCAGCAAAUUGAACAAUCGUUUCAUAACAGUUCGUGAGGAGGCAUACAAAAAUAAAAGUAUAAAAAGUCCAGCAUGCACAUUAACCGUUAUGAAUACUGGCCAUCAUGAAUCCUACAAAACCGAUUCCAUCGAGAAGAUCUUCAAGAAGCACGGCGAUGUUGUCGACGUUGAUACGGUAUGCACGCGUUCAAUUCUGGCUUUUGUUACAUAUAAGACAGCCGAGCAGGCCGAAAAGGCGAUGAAGAAUCUAAAUGGCAAAAAAGUGAACGAUCUGGAUAUUAAAUUGGAGUCCUUCCAAUACAGCUCCUCGCCCCGUUCAAUUGUUGUGACAAAUUUGGCUCCAAGUGUCGAAGAGCAGCACCUAAAUGAAAUCUUCAAAGAAGCUGGAGAAAUCGAGAGCAUCAAAAUGCUGCCCUACAAGGCAGUAAUUAAAUUCAGUAGUGAUGAAGGCUACUGCAAAUCCUUCCUGUUUAACGAGCGAACAGUGCAGGGCCAACCAAUUUUCUUGGAGCCGAAUUCAAUGCUAAAGAUGAAAUUGCUCAAGAAGAAGUUCCAAGGAAAGCCCGGUUUUAACAGUAACAAUAGCCCUACAUACCAGAAGAAGCCUUUUAACAAACGCCCAGCACAGGAUAAUGGUGCCCCGCCAAAACGUUUCAAGAAGGCCCGGAACUUUUAAUAUGUGCUUAACCGUCUAGCAUCCCUAGUCUUAAGUUUGAUUGAUUCUAGUUUUAUAAGCCGACAAUACUAGGAGGUGUCUGCGCCGCCUAUUCAAGAUUUGUGUUUCUGAAUACUUUAUGACAUGCCAAUAAUGUCGAGUAUAGCUAAUUUUUAAUA